GAAGCGUAUGUACGUGUCGCAGUCAUAUGACUAGUAUCGCGAUGUUUGUUUGUCAACAAAUAAAGUAAAAGCAGAUGGAUUAAUAUGGGAAACAGUGUUUCUUUAUAUAAUGUGCUACUGGUGAUGCGUUUUGGUGUUAUUAUGAUGGUAAAAGUGUAGUGCAGCGAAUAUGGAUGGUCCAAAUGUCGACUCCGAUCAUUCUAUGACUUGGGAAGACUUUUUCGGUAGCACUACGGAUCUGACACCAACACUCAUAGGAAUAUACGAUGCACUAUUAGAACCAGCAAAGAGUACAAAACCUGAAUCAAAUCGUUUAGAAACUGCCAAAGAUGCUAGAAACGACCCACCAGUACAGAAAGUUGCAAACAAAAUGACACAAGAAAAGGACAAUGGAAUCAAACCACCAGUAUGCUCUAGCCCACCGAAAAACCCAUCCAAAUUGGCAGGCGGCGUAAGACUUCCCAUUGCAUCUAUUAAUAAAAGUUCUUUAUACGAUAUCAGAACUAAAAGUGAUACGAAUGGUGCUAGUGAAAUUACAAGUGAAGUCUUUAGUGAUAUUGAAAGUAGCAAGGUACAAAGGACGUUCCGGGAAGUGAAAUAUGAAACAGCGUUUGAUAAUUUUUCUCCAAACGUGAAGCGUAUGUUAUCAAGCGCAUCGGAAACGACAACGCUUAAGUUCCAGAAAAAACCCAUUGGAGGAGUUAGGUCUUCGUCGCGGAAGUGUAAUAUACCUCUAGUUGGAACUACGUCGAAAAUAUCUCAAUCUGGCGUAGAGAUACUACCGUCAGUUGAAAUAUAUGAUCAACCACAAUUAUUCAAAUCUAUUAGCAAAGUCGAAGAGCCAGUAAAACCGCAAAUCAAGCCAGAGUUUAAAACUGAUGAAGCCCAAACGUAUGAUGUGCCUACAAAUAAUCGACCAGCUAUUUACGAUGUCCCUAAUCCAAAUAAAACGUCAUUCGAUUCGUUAUCCUUACCAUACAUCGACCAGUCAAUCGAGCUAUCUAUUGCCAACGAUAGAGAGUUCGAUACAAAGUUAUCCUCGCAAGAUAACUCUCCAUCCAAACCAGAGAAAACCUCGACGCCAGAUGUAUCCCCAACUAAAAUUAUGAAAACAGGCAGCUUACAAAGAAAUUCUAAUGAAACAAAACAUCUAAUUAAAGCAACUUUUCAAGUAGGAUCAACAGGAAGUUUGAAACCACCAGAGAAGGAAAGACUUAAUCCACCUAUAGAAGUAACUAGACCAUUAUCAAUGAGUUCCAUUGCUUCCUCAAGUUCGACGUCUAGUAGUGGAGUCCAAAAUAAAGGUGGAGUGAAUUCGGCGUACUUAGCGUCGAUCGAAAGCCUGGAUGACCAUAGUGACGCAGAUCUUACUUCGGCAAAUGGCAGUAAUAAUUUUGUGAAUAUAGCUGGCAAAACUGCCAGUUUGUCUGAAGACAGUCGAGUAUUGAAUGUUCCACGUCAGAUAGUAGUUGAAGAGAUGUCAGGAAUGUCACAGCUUGAGAGAGUGUGCGCAGAAAUAGUUCAGACGGAGAAUGUCUACGUGGAGGAUCUGAGACAAGUUGUCGAGGGCUACCUGCACGUAUGGCGCAGAGAAGUCACCUUUUCAGAUGAAGAGCUGUCGGAACUCUUCAACAACAUCGAAGACAUUUACAUAUUUAACAGAUCUCUUUGCUCCGAAUUGAACACGUGUCGCCUGGACGCGACCUGCAUUGCGCGAUGCUUUGUGAACAACACUGCCGGCUUCUCUGUCUACACGUCAUACUGCACCGGAUACCCUGGCACUAUGGAACGCUUGGCUGCACUGGCAUCGAAGCCUCAGAGUGCCAGAGAGUUCCGGGAACGACAGCUCGGACUGAACCACCCGCUGCCAUUGGCCUCGUAUCUGCUGAAACCUGUGCAGAGAAUUCUGAAGUAUCAUCUCUUACUACAGAACGUUGUGAAGCAGUGCGCGUCGAGCGAGACAGAAUAUGCUCUUCAGCAGAUGACGGCCAUCGCUCAGCAUAUCGAUGAUAUGAAGAGGAGACACGAGCACGCUGUCAGGGUUCAGGAAAUACAAUCUCUACUGUACGGAUGGAAUGGACCUGACUUGACCACAUAUGGAGAACUCUGCGCUGAAGGGACAUUUAGAGUUUUCGGCGCCAAGGCAAUGCGGCACGCGUUCCUCUUCGACAAAAUGUUGCUGGUAACGAAGAACAGGGAGGACGGAAUAUUAGCUUACAAAUCUCAUAUAAUGUGUAACAAUAUGAUGUUAGUGGAGUCUAUAGCGGGCGCUCCGCUUUCCUUCCACGUGAUACCAUGGGACGCGCCUCGCGCACAGCUGACAUUGCAGGCGAGGUCGCCGCGACACAAACGAGAAUGGACCCUACUACUUAAGCGGGUUAUAUUGGAGAACUACAAUGCAGUAAUACCGUCGCACGCUCGUCAGCUAGUGAUGGAGUUGGGACAAAAUAAAACUGACGAUGACAUCCUUGCAGAAAAAUCACAUAACCUAAUAACCCAGGCCUCUAUGAGAAAGCAGCUGUCAGCCCCAGAAUAUUUAGAAAAAAGAAAACUGGAGCGUGAAAGGCGAAAAUCAUUUGAAAACGGCCGAACUAAGAAGCUUAACAGGAAACUGACUCCACCCAACGCGAGUGAUAGCCAAGACUGCGAUUGCGUACAUGUAUCAGCCGAAAAGGGAAUAGAUUAUACGUGUGAUGUUUGCUAUGUUGACUUAUGCUCCGAGUGCGAAGAACUUGCUAAAGAAAAAGAUAAAUGUAAUUGUAAAAUAGAUGAUACAGACGAAAAAUGCCCUGAAUGUGAUAGAUUUCUUCAUUAUAUAGACGCAGGAAGCGUAGAGCAUUUAGAAAGAAAGCAACUUUGUAAGUGUGGGGAUUUUAAAUCUUCACAAGAAAGUUUCAAUAAAGAAUCCAGUGGAUUGUACAAAACAAGAAACUUCCAUUCGUCCGACAAUAUAAUUGGAUAUACAGAUAUGAAGAGUAAAGAAGAUUUGUCGGAUAUUCCUGUAGCUAAAAUGCAGAAAACCUGCUUGAAAUGUUCGAAAAUAAAAGAAAAUAUUGUAGUUACAGAUUCAAGCGGAACUUUACGUACUAGGAAAUCUAGAUGUACAGACAGUGACAGAACCAAAACUGAUACUUUAAGAUCAAAAUCUAGAGAUGAUCCACAACGAUCUAAACUAUCUAAGAUUGGUACCUGGCGAAGAAAGUCCGAACCAGGCUUACAGAAUGCUCAAAACUUGAUAAGUAAGAAGUCUCAGGACAGUGAUGGUGAAAGAUAUGACGGGAGAAAUGAUAAAAUAGAAUUUGAGUGUCGCAAUUGCGGAUCAAAUAGAAUUAUAAAGAAACAAAAAUCUAAUGAAGGCACACUUACUUCAGAUCCGGAAAACGAAAGUAGGAAAAUGAGACCUGCUGUUGAAAUUAGAAUGUACAAUACUAAAAAUAUACCAAAGAAAAUUUCUAAAAUAAAAAAGAACAGGGCUAAGGGACGCUUAGGUUCUAAUACAACACGGUUUUAUACUGACUUUUCUACAGAUGUAUCGACACAGAAUAUUUUACAUAUUUCUGAAUCAAAUGACAGUUUAAAUGAAGACAAAUCAACAAAUGUUCCAUUUUGUCCAGUAUCAGAAUCAAUUAGUAAAGACGAGGAUAUCGACGAAGAAACUUACAAGAAGUUGAUAGAAAAAACUGAUUCAUUUAAAAAGAAUGAAUUGGAAAAAGUCAAAUAUUUAAAUAAGCAAAACGUUAUUAACGAGGGCUCAGAAACACAAUCGCAACAAAACGUCCAAGAAAGUUGUGAAGAGAGUGAACAACCAUUGGAGCAAAUCAUUUCACAACUUCUGUUGCAAAACAGGGAAUUCCAAAAACUUCUAAAGAAACAGCAACAACGAAAUAGCGCACAUAGGAGAAAUCAAAGAUUAUUGAAAUCACAUUCAAUUCCUGAUGAGGUUAUAUCAACACAAAAUGAUUUCACAAAAUUAAGACCAAAAUUUACUCGUCAGUUAUCAGAAAACAUAGAACUUUCUAUAAAUGAAGAAAAAAUUGAAUCUAUACCUAAUAAUAUCUCUGAUGUGCAUAAGGAUGACAUUUCCGAUGACGAUCAUAUUUAUGAGACACUACGUGUGGAUAAACAGGAAAAAGAAUGUUCCAGAAGUACUAAAAAUAAACCAAGUGAGCAAAUAUCCCAAACGUUAAAGUUCAUCAAAGAUGAUCAAGAUCCUACUUCAAUUUCUAUUUGUGCAUCUGGACCACCUGAAUCUGAUUACGUGUAUUUAUCAUUUGAUGAAAUAAAACAGGUUCAUGAAACUAUAGAUGGAGGCUUAUAUGAUGUACCUGUUGCGUCUCCAGAAAAAGUAGAAAUUUCCCAUCCUAAAAUUGAAAACAGUACCUAUUAUGUAGCAAUGAAAAAUCAAGGACCACCUGUUGCAAAAGAAGACAACCUUUAUGAUAAUCUUGUUGAUGUUAUCAGACGUAAAAAAGAUGUACCCACAACUUUGGAGACGGAUUAUUUGCCAAUGAGUCCAGACCUCCAAAGCCCAAAUACACCAGAAAUUUGGCUAAGCCGCCAGAAAGAACAUUUCAAUGUUUCUAGAGAUAGAAAAUCUGGAUCGUUACCUAGAAGUUUUCAAGUGCCUACAAAUAUUACUGAUGAUCCAAAUUUAGGUUCAUUUAAAUGCAAACCCAAUGGUAGCAAAACAUAUAUUAAUAGAGAUGGAAAAGUAAUGAGCGUUGAUAGACCUUUUACGAUUGCAUCAGAUCAAAGCGAAAUUAGCUAUGACGAUGUAGAGGCAUAUAUGAGUGAAGGAGAUAUCUUGAAGUUUAACAAAAGUUCUAAAACAGUAGAUGAUUCUCAAAACAUCAGUAAAUCAACCUUAGAAUUAGAGGAAGAAAUUGAUCGUUGUUAUAAAAACAAUUUCGAGAAGAUAAAUUUAGAUCAAAAUAAAAAUGAACAUGUAAAUGUCACUCUAACUAAUUUAGAUGUGUCAGUGACAUCAUCAUGUGAAGCACUUACAAGUGCGCAACAUAUCGAUAAAACAAAAAUUUCUAACGCUAUACACCCUGAACAUAAAAUAUACAAGCCUACUGGAAGUGCUCUAUCUCUCAAAAAUGUUUUGAGCCGAUUCAAAACUCGUACUCCACCUAAAAGUGACGGUUUUGAACCAAAUGCAAAUGAAAUUGAAGAUAAGACGGACCCAAAAAGUCCAACAAGUGAUAAAAGACCGGGUCUAAACCCUAGAAGCUAUUCUAAAAACUUACUGCAAAGAUUCAGAAGCAUAAUUGGAGACGAUCAUUCCGAUGAUAAUCAAAAUAAAGUGGACGUAAAAACAUUAAAAUUAACAGAAGCUAAUAAAAUUAAUGUCAUCAAUUCAAGUACAGAUAACAUCCCUACUACUUCUGUUUAUACAGUAACAACGGAUAUGAGUCGAAGUGUUUGUGAAAGAAGCGAAAGUCAAGUAGAAAAAGAGAAUUUGGAAAUAUUAUCUCAAAGUUGUGAUAAUCUUUCUCAGAAACCACAACGACUCUCGUAUGAGAAAAGUGUAAGCAUGGUUACAACAACAAGUUCUUUAAGCAGUACUUCAUCUCCUUCGAAAUCCAACUGCAGUUCACACCAAAGUUUGAAUAAACUACCUAUUUAUAUGCAAGGAAGUAAACAUCUCGGUGCAAGAAUUGCACAAUCGGAUUAUGUUGAUCCAACGAAAUUAAUGAACGAAAGAAAUGAAAUAAAAAAUAUAAAUAUUCUUAUAAACAAAAAUGCCAUACGACCAGAUAGCCUAUUUUCAAAUUCGUCUUUUGUAACCUUAUCGAGUGAGGGAACAUACCACGAAACGCACAACAAAGUUAAUGUCAUGGAGAAAUCCACAGAAUCUUCAAGUCAUAUGAACUCCGAUGAGAGUUACUAUGAAAAGUCCUUCGAAAAAAUUGAGCAAGUGACUGACGAAGAUGUUUUUAGAGAUUCAGCUGUAUAUUCUGAUCAAGAAGAAUCAGAGGAAUCUAAAAUAGAAGAAAAAAUGAAAACAAAAGUACUUAGUAGAGUAGAAAGCAUUAAACGUAAUUCAUCGUUCAAGAAACAUAUGGUUUCUACAGAAAAAAUAGAUGUUCGAACAGCCAUAAGAAAAACAGCAAACACUGAAAAAAUCAAUGAUACAAGACCAAUGGUUUCAGAAAGAAAAACAAAAAUUGCGCCUCCGGUUCCAAUCAAACCUAAACUUUCACAACUAGCUAGUGUAUCAACGAUUCAAACGAAAAUAAUUACAAAUAAGAACUUAGUUAAAAGCAUAGAUCAAUCAUCAUCUUCAGAAUCUAUUAAUACUCGGACAAUUAAAAGGAAUACAACUUCAAAAUCCAAUUUCGCAAGGUCCGAAUCAGCGCCAGAAACACAAAACUCUCAGGCGAAGCAAAAAAUAUCAACUCACUCUUUUAAAACCACCAAGCCAACUGAUAAAGUAGUAGAAGAAAAACAAAAUAAUAUUGAAAUAAAAAGACUCGGCUUUGAGAGAGCUAGCUUAGAUUCUGCAACUAGGAAACGCAGUGUUGAUAAAAGAUGUUCAAUAGAUCAGCCGAAGUCUAAAUCUGUGCUAGAACGACGAAUGGAACUCGAGAAAAUGGCAAAGAAUGAAAUUAAACCAGUGCAGAGCAAAAAGCCCAUACAACCAGUUAAGCCGAAAUUAUUGACCACUAAGGUGGCAUCAUUCGAAAGAUCAGCUACUAUACCGAAAACAAUAGAAACAAAAAAGACAAACAUUCCCGUAAGUAAGAAUAACGAUGAAUCUGAAGACAUCGAGAGAGUUGAAGGGAGUUGGGUAAAGCAGGUAGUUAAUAAAUUUCAAUGAUCUUAUAGACAGCGACUGAGAUGAUUCCGUCUUACUGUACUACAUAUACUUAAGUGAGGUCGCACACCAAACGUAGUAUUUGUAAUACAACUUUAAAGCAACACGAAACUAUCACUAUAAUUUUAAAUUUCUACUCAUGAAAGUUUAAAUUGAUAAUGUCAACUACUCGCUGCCCACAAAUAUAUAGUUACGCUUAGGCACUGGCAGGUAUGGUAGGUCACUUUUCUGCAAUAGGUAGAUAUUGAAUUUUUAGAAGAAUUAGGAAUAAUUGUGCCUUGCCCUUUUCGAUAACAAUCUUAUAUCGUAUAUCGAUAUGUAGUCUAACGAGUGUUUCACAUUUAUAUAAAAUCUAGUAUAGUUCUGUUUAAUUUAUAUAUUCAAACAUUUUUACACGGAUAACUAUGCAAUCUGUUUUCAGUAUGUGUUACAUUAUACAUAUAUAAUAAUAUUGAGUUACAUCAGUAAUUUUAACGAUUACAUUAUUUAUUUUUAUAAAUAUACUAUACAAUAUUGCAGAAAUGAUUAUUCCUAAGCUGUGUUAUUUAUAAACAGGAAGUAAAGUUACUCCAAAUUUAAAACUUUAUCUUUUUAUCCGAACUUUGUCACUAAAUAAUUACAUGACGGGGGAAGUAAAUUUAAACUUGGAGUAACUUUACAUCACGUUUAUUAAUAAGACAGAAGAUCAUUUUCAGCCAAUUUACGUAAGUGUACGACCUCCUUAAGUAGAAUAUUUUUGUAAAUACUUUUUGUGAAACCUCGGCUUAUCUAGUGCCAUAGACAAAACUAUAUUUUUAUAUAAUGGUAACUGCACAACACCCACAUAUUAUGUAUAUACAAAACUUAGCUUAUUUUGUUAUGUGACUUAUUCGUGCCAUUUUAUAUAUUUACAACAUUAAUGUAUUUAUCGUGCAAUGAAAAGCAAUUGGAUACUUAAAAUAUUUAUUUUUAGUUUAUAAUUUUAUGUAGCUACUAACACCAAAAAGUAGUUUUUUUUGUUAAAUCACUAUUUUGUUCUGUUCUAUAGUGUCUAAAAUGUAAGGCAUGGAAGUGUUUUAAAUAACUGUUAGCAGUUUUUUAGAUUGAACGGUUAUAUGUAACAAAAUUUUAAAUUUAUACACACAAUAACAAAGAUUUUAAAACCAUAUAAUAUGGUACUCAGACCCGUUUUGACUCAGUUCGACUUAAAUAUUAUUUAUUUCAUAUGUAUAUGUCGCCUUGUAGGGUGUUAAUUGAUUUAUAUUCAAUUCAUUCGAUUGCGUUUUUAACCGACUUCAAAAAAGGAGGAGGUUCUCAAUUCGUCAGUAUUUUUUUUUCAUUUACUCAGAACUUUCGACUGGGUGAACCGAUUUUGAUAAUUAUUUAGGAUGCAAAUUAUUUGAGUUUUCUUUAGUGUUAAUUCCAUCGAUCCAGUGAGAAAUCGUUAAUCUCGUGCCAGAUUUUGGCGACUCAACAUGUGCUCAGGAUGCCUCGUGUAGAGGCGAAACACGUGUCGAAUUCUUUAAAGACAAAUAUUGGCAGAAUUAACACUAAAGAAAACUCAAAUCAUUUGGAUAAUUAUGGUUUUUCGCAAAGUAACGCCUACUUCAAUAAAUUUUCAAUUAUUUAGGAGCUUUUAAAGUCAUAGUUUAAAGUGAUAUGGUUCGAGUCCCGCAUCGUUCAUAAAAUUUUGUUUUCAGUUUUAUUUGUGUAAUUGAUCCCAGAAGUGAGGGUUAUCACUUUAAAAACAAAUUAGUUACUAAAUAUUCAAAUAAUACUAUUUUGAAAAAGUACCUCUAUUCAGUUGUUUUUUUUAAUAUUCAUACGCCCAAUGGUCUGUUUAUAAAAUUUCGUUAUAAACCAUUAUUUAUUUCAUACUGACUGCUCUUUACAGCGUGUAUCAUUUUCGCAACAUGAUGUUAGAUAUGAUAAAGUGCAGUUUCACCAUGUCAAAAGUUUAGAGAAAUAAUAGCUAUGAUCGAUUAAUCGGUUUAGAAGUUAGUAUGCUGCAAGCACCACCUCAUGGCUUCUACGGAGCUGAAGAGGAGUGCAUAUUAAAACCUAAUUCUUCACGAAAAAAUUCACGUAUAUACCAAUUUCCAUAACAUUACUAUACACAAACAUAACUUAUAACAUUUACAUAAUAUAAACAGUCUGGUAAAACAUAACGAUACUAUAGAACAGAAUCUAAAUAAUUAUUAGUUUUAGUUUUUGAUGAUCUUAAAUAUAUUUAUACAUUAUAGUUUUAAGACGAGUAAAAUUAAUUUGGAUGUAACAUUAGCACUCUUUUAAUCACAUUCUAACCUCUGUAUUCAUAUAUAUAUAUAUAAAACUUGUUGAUAUGUAACGUACCUAUUAUAGCUGUAGAUAGAUUUAAAUUCGCAUGAAUUUGUUCGUCUGAUAUCUCCUUCUUCUGUUCGGCGAGAGUCAAUAAUAACAUCGAGUAAUUGUAAUCGAGAUGUAAUUUACCUUACAUAAAUUAUACGUCUAGUUAAACUGUGAUGGCUGUAAGCACGUCGAAAUUAGCGGUAAAGUAUUAGCCUCUAUUUUUAUCAAACACACGCACACUACAACAAAGUGACUGAUGUAUCGCGAGUAAACGUAGCUUUCAUGCUCUACCUAGAUCUAUAAAUUAUCUAAGUAAUUAUUUUUUUAAUUUUAAUUUAGGUUGGCUAAUGAACUCUACUGAAGAUAUUAUUCGAUGGUUUAAAUAUAUUAUUUUUCCACAUAAUUUCUAUUGAAAUCUCAUACUUUUCAGAGAAGCCAUGAUUAAAUCAUAAUAAUUACGCUUAACAAAACUUAGCUUGAAGAAAUAAAACGAAAAGUUUAAAAUGGCUGCCGUGUGAGAAUGCAAUUUCGACUAUAGUAGGGCCAUAGAGACGAGAUAAAGAAUAUAAACAAAGUUUUAGGGCUUCAAAACAUUUUUAUUUGAAAAAGAUAUACUUAUUCAAAUUUUGUAUUCCCUAUUCUUAUUGCUGUCAUCGUAGUAGACAAGCAUGAUUCGUCGGAAAAGUCCGAAUCAGCCGUAUUUAUGACAAUUUGAUUCAGUUUAAUGGAACUCAAUAACGGUUCCUUUGUUUACAUUCUUUAUCUAGUCGCUAUUAGUAUGGAGUUAUCUGACAAAUGUCAUGUGGAUUUAAAUCUAGUUAUCCAAUUAUUAUAGUUAAGUUUGAAGCUGUUCAAGACAUAUACUUAAAAAUGGAGACUGUUAGUGUAAGUUUAUUGCACAACUAACUUAGUAUUAAACCUCAUCAACUUAUUACAAUAAAAUGUAAAUUGUC